AUGUUCCCUCCCCGCGCCCCCGCAUUCCGUGACCCUCUUACCUCGCCUUCAGCUGCCGGGCCUGUAGACGCUGAUGCCCCGGUGCGCGCGACAGAUAACGAUGCCGCUCUCGCGCGUCUCUCUGCCGUCCAGAAGGGAUACCUCACGGACCCGUUUAUUGCGCAAUUGGUUCCACGAGCGCAUCUCCAGCCCGCACGGCCUCCUUUGAUCAACAUUGGAACGUAUCUCCGCGGCAAAGGACUUGACGAACUUGUUGAAUCUUUCAUCCAUCUUGCGGAAGCAGAUGAUAAGAAGGCGCAAAUCGUGAGCGUGGGAGCUGGGAGUGAUACGAGGUUUUGGAGGUUAGCGACGGGGCCAUUGGGUAGUAGCCUCGCUCGUUAUGUCGAACUUGACAUGCCCGAGAACACUUCACGCAAGGCUAUGGCCAUACGCAAAAGUCGAACAUUGAACCCAGUAUUGGGUAGUGACGUGCGAAUCGGCGGAGGUGGCACCUCCCUACAUUCCCCUAUAUACAACCUUCUCCCCGUUGACCUCCGCCACUCACCUUCAACAAGCCUUGGACCGAACGUCUCACCAUUAUUGGACCCAGCACUGCCCACACUCGUGCUCUGCGAAUGUGUCCUGGCAUACCUGCACCCCUCGACGUCCGAUGCGCUGCUGACAUGGUUCGGCGAACACUGCAAGGGCGUGCUUGGCGUGGCGAUCUACGAAAUGUUCGGGCUCAACGACUCCUUCGGGCGCGUUAUGAAGAGUAAUCUCAAGUCUCGCAACGUUGAUCUACCCGGCGCAGAGCCAUUUGACGAUCUGCAGUCACUGCCGCGACGCUUCAUCCGAUUGGGGUUCACCACCGCUCACGCACUCACGCUCCGCGAUAUACGGCGAGAUCACGUUGAGUCCAAGGAGCAAGUACGGAUAUCCCGACUCGAGAUGUUGGACGAGGUCGAAGAGUUGGAGCUUGUGCUGCAGCACUAUGCUAUCAGCUGGGGGAUAAAGCUGACCUCUAAUGCGUCAUCGGCUGGGAGCUGGGAGGCUUGGGGGAUCUCGAGGAAGAGUUGA